CACAAAAAUCCCACGUCGUCUCUCCAACCAAAUAUCUCAUUCUCAACUCUCCUACGAGACAGUUUUUCCAGAUUCUGUUCUUCAAUUAAGUUCUCAAUUCCAUGUCUUCUUCUUGUGCGGUUUCUCCUUCUAUCAGCUCUGAAUUUUUCAAUUUGUCUUCCACUAGAAGGUUUCUUGGACCAGCCAGAUUAAUUCAUCAUCACCACAGAAGCAAAUGUGAAAUAUCAAGCAGGAGGGAGUUUGCUUUGAAGGGUAUUGUGGCUUCUGGAGUAUCAGUCAUUGGGUCUUCUUUCGUUAAUGAACCUGUUCAAGGACUGGAGAGGUUGCCAUUCAAGCCAGAUGGCUAUAAUUUUUGGACAUGGCGGGGCCACAAAAUACAUUAUGUUGUUCAAGGGGAGGGCAUGCCAAUUCUGCUUAUUCAUGGAUUUGGUGCUUCUGUUUUUCAUUGGAGGUACAAUAUACCUGAAUUGGCCAAAAGAUACAAAGUUUAUGCUGUAGACUUGCUAGGGUUUGGGUGGAGUGAGAAAGCAAUAAUUGAAUAUGAUGCCAUGGUAUGGAGAGAUCAACUAGUGGAUUUCUUGAAGGAGGUAGUCAGAGAACCGACAGUUUUAGUCGGAAACAGCCUUGGAGGGUUUGCUGCUUUGGUUGCCGCAGUCGGCUUGCCUGAGCAAGUUGUUGGAGUUGCACUGUUAAAUUCAGCUGGUCAGUUUGGGGAUGCAAACAGAAAACCCAAUAAGUCUGAAGAGACAGUCUUACAGAAAUUCAUCCUAAAACCGUUGAAGGAAACAUUCCAGCGUGUUGUUCUUGGACUUGUGUUCUGGCAAUCAAAGCAACCUGCUCGAGUUGAAUCAGUCUUAAAGAGUGUGUAUAUAAAUCCCUCAAAUGUUGAUGACUAUCUGGUGGAAUCAAUAACAAGACCAGCAGCCGAUCCAAAUGCUGCUGAAGUUUAUUACAGGUUAAUGUCGCGGUUUAUGCUGAAUCCGAGCAAGUAUACCCUUGACAGUGUUUUAAGUGAACUGUCUUGCCCACUAUUGUUGCUUUGGGGUGAAUUGGAUCCGUGGGUUGGUCCUGCCAAGGCAAACAGAAUCAAAGAAUUCUAUGCAAAUACAACUCUUGUAAAUUUAAAGGCUGGGCACUGUCCCCAUGACGAGGUUCCAGAAGCAGUUAAUAAGGCUUUACAAGAUUGGUUAUCGACUCUAACGCCCAAAGUCCCUCUCCAAGCACUCUGAAAUUGUACAAAACCUUUUCCUUUGAAUUGUGCUUGCAAAAUAAUUGUUCAUCAAAUAUAUACUCUUGAUUCUUGGUA